CACCUCAGCACCUCCACCUGUACUCCUGCAGCUCUGAAGACUUCGGACACAAAGACAGGACAUGUCUCUCGUCUCUCCAUUUGGAUUGUAAUGCACUGAAAACUCACAAACGGAGAAGAUGAUCUUCCUCAUCCUGCAGCUCCUCUUCCUCACCUCCUGUGUCUCUGGAACAUUUGUAGUGAAUGUGACUCAGACUUCCUAUCAGGCAGAGGAGAACCAGAACAUCACCCUGGAGUGGACCUUCAGCACCAGAACAGACACUUCCCUCAGAUCCAUUUCUAUCUUCUGUGAGAUGUUUACUGAGAGCAGACCCUACGUCCUGUUUAAUCUAAAUGAAGGCAUUGAAUCCCCAGAGUCUCAGGAUCCACAGUUUUCAGGACGAGUCCAGUGGGACAAAGACGUCCUCACAGAAGGACGCCUCACACUUCAUGUCUCCAGACUCAGGACCAAUGACUCUGGGUUUUAUCGAUGUGACAUACUCGUCAUACCUGAUGGGAGUAACUCUAUGAAAUGCUGGCUCAACGUCACUGCUGCUGCUGAGCUCCAAACUCAGAGACCAACAGAGAGUCCACAAGCAGAGAGACGGAGAGACAUCUUGUUCUACUUUGGAGUGGCAGUUAUAGCAUUUCUACUGUGUGUUUCUCUCGCUGUCUAUGUUUCCAAAGUUUUGCAUACUAUAUCUCCUUUUAGAAUGAAAUACAAGCAUGUAGAUUACAGACAAUGAGUUCCUCAGAGAAUCAAACCCAAAGAGUCUGAAACCCUCUUCAAAUGAAUCAUUGGAGCAAAAUGUUAUAAAACAAGAAAAGUCCAAGGUUCUCAUCAUCUUCUGAUUCAACUGUCAGACACGACUUUUGAGGAAGAAUAUAUAUUUGUGUGCAGCUAUUAUGAAAAGAAACCCAAAACAUGAUACGUAUAGUAAUCACAUUACAUUCUGUGAGCACUACACAAAAGGGAAAGACACUUUAAAAGAUCACUGGAAAUGAUUCAGAUGUAUCCACCAUGUUUUAACUAAUUGAUCCUUGAUUGGAUUUAUCCGUGCUGAUUGUUUAUAAUGAACAUAUGACAUUUUAUUUCUUCUAUGUUAGAAGAAAAGAUGCUUUGUAGGAAGAAAUAAAUGUAGUUGCAUUACAUCUAGUUAGGUGGAGUCAAAUAAAUGCAAGUGCAGCUGAAGUUAUGUAAAUAUAUGUUAAUGUGGGAACAUGUGUAGAAAAACUUUACUUUCUUUUUCCUCCAUUAUCCAAAAUGUGGUUUGUAAAGAGUCAGGGUUUUUGUAUUUGGUGUAUUUUAAUUGUGUUCUCUGUAUUUUACAUGUUAUGUGUCUUGGCCAGGUCAGCCUUGUACAUGAGAUUUUAUCACAAUGUUUUUUUUCUGGUUAAA